AUGUCUUUGUAUCGCGUCUCAUCGAUUUCCCUUGAUCAUGUUGAAGUUUUCCGUCAGCAAUCCGAUCCACCUACAAUUCCAUCAAGCCCGAGCUACGGCAUCGAUGCUCCUUUGGGAUUAAUUGCAUCAUCAUUCACUGCUCCACUUUAUCUUUACGCGACAUUAAGCGGUAAAUUUCAAGUAUGGGAGGCACUUCUUCGUGAUUUAGUCAAAGAAAUCGAUCUCCACGAACCGUGUUUAGAUUGUGGAUGUGGAAGAGGAAUGGUUCUUUUAAUAUUAGCCCGUUUGAAAAAGGAAAUCGGAACAAAAACUAAUCAACCAAUAUCACCAGCGUAUGGGAUCGAUAUUUUCAAUAGUUUUGAUCAAACAUCGAAUUCGCCAUUAUCAACAUGUCGAAAUCUCGCGUCUGCAAAUUUGUUAGAUUAUGUUGUAUUAAACACCGGGAGUUUCCUUGAUUUACCAUUCAAAGAUAAUUCUUUUACAUUAGUUACUUCAUCAUUGGCAAUUCAUAAUGUUUCGAAUACCAAUGAAAAACAACGAGCAAUUAGGGAAUGUGCACGAGUAACAAAACCUGCUGGUUGGUUGUUAAUUGUGGAUUUGAAAGGAAAUGUUUCUCUUUAUGAAAAUACAUUAAAAGAAUUGCAAUGGAAUUCAAUAGAACGAACAUGGGCAGGAAUGAAAAUGAUGUUCGGAGUGUGGCCAUGUGAAGUAUUGAAAGCACAGAAACCAUUGUCGUAA